AUGGCUGCUUCCGACUGGAAGAAAGCUCUGGGCUUCACAGAUCGAUUGACGGCAAUCCAGUCACUCACCACCGCUUAUCAACGAGCUUCAUCUUCCGCUGCAUUUGCAGAGGCUCAGUCUCAGGCAAAGCGAUUCGAGAAUGAGGCCUAUAAUCAAGCUACUUCAAAGGUCGGAUUCGAACCAUUAGGAAACAGGCUUCUGCUAAUGCCAGAUGUGCAGGAAGAAUAUGAACGAAUGUGUCAGGAUGCAAUUGAUGCCGCAGAAACUACCAAUUCGGUGGCUCCAAUGAUCGGUAGUCCCCAUCAACUGCACAACGAGCCCGAAGAGGCGGCUUGGACGGCAGGUGAUACUAUCGGUCCGUUCAAGGGAUGUCUUCACCUGUUUGACGGACUACAUUCCACCAUUUAUAAAUCCAAACGCGAGGAUGGAUCUGUGGUCGCAGUGAAAGUCACCAUACCACAUCUCUUGUCGGCACCCCAUGAUGCUGAACGCGAGGCCCGGCUGCUGAAAGAGGCUGCCAGCCCUCAUGUGAUUGGACUGUUGGAAACGCUCAAGAUCGACGGGGGAAGGCUGAUCCUGGUUUUCCCCUAUACGAAGUAUAACUUGGAACAUCUGUUUCGUCGCGACAUGGUCACUGGAACGCAGACAAAAUCUUACCUGCGCGACAUGUUCAGUGCAUUAUCACAUCUGCAUAAGCUGGGGAUCAUUCACCGGGAUGUGAAGCCGUCGAACAUCUUGCUAAACUCACCUGCAGGUCCGGCUUAUCUGGCGGACUUUGGCAUUGCAUGGAAAGAAGGGGACAAGGGUUCUGAGCCGGCUGAUCAGAAGAUUACUGACGUAGGGACUACAUGCUAUCGGGCUCCCGAGGUGUUGUUCGGAUACAAGGGAUACGGAACCGCUCUGGAUCUCUGGGCCGCCGGUUGUGUUGUCGCAGAAGCUAUUGCUGUCGGGCAUAAGCAACUGUUCGAUUCUGGGCCUGUCGGAAGCGACUUGUCGCUUGUCCAGUCCAUUUUCCACACCUUGGGAACUCCGGAUGCCACCGUCUGGCCGGAGACCGCCAAACUUCCCGACUGGGGAAAAAUCGAGUUUUACAAAUACCCUCCCAAGCCGUGGGACGAAGUUCUCAGGGGAGCCUCCUCUCGGGGCCGCGAUCUCGUGAGCAAAUUGGUUCGAUAUGAGGGCAGUGAGCGCCUAUCUGCUGCAGAGGUCCUGGACCACCCGUACUUUUCUGCGACGUGA